CACCGGGAGGCAUAGAGGAAAGGCAAUGGGGUGUCUCUUUGUUUUGCCUCCCCAGCUGCGGUUCUCCUUCGCCUUCGCCCCAAGGAAGCAGCUGGGGUCCCUGGCGGAGGGUCUGCUGCCUUUGGAGGGAUCUGGGAACAGAGCCAGCCUAGAAGGUAUUCUGGACUUUUCCAUCGUGUGUCAGUCUUUCUGGAAGUCUACCUGAGGAUGAAAAUGGAGGAAUCCAGAGAUCCGGUGUUAGGGAAGGCAUGGGAACGAACUGCAGAAACUCCUCACACCUAUCAGGCUGACAAUAUCCAAGACUUCCUGCAAAGGAUAAAGGGAGAGCAGGUCAAAAAGGGAUCUGGAGAGUGGAACGAGACCUUCCAGCCAUGGGAUGACCAGUGGGAGGAAUUCCUGAAAAAAGUGACGGUCCCGCACGCACGGUGGGGAAUCCCGUGCCUCGUGGCAGAGGAGCCCACUCCGUGGGGUGAUACCAAGGGCUUCCUGGAGUCCUUUGAGCAAGUCGCCAAAGCUUGUCGGUGGCCCAAGGACGAAUGGGUGGCCCGCCUUUUGCCAGCCCUUGGUGGAAAAGCUGAGCAGGCCUUCAGCCGGUUGGAGACCCAAGAUCGAGGAGACUAUGGGAGAGUGAAGGUGGCCAUUUUGCAAGCGGACGCUCACAGCCAGGAGAAGCAGCGCCAGCGCUUCCGGCGCUUCUGCUACCAGGAGGCCGAGGGGCCGCGAGGGGCUUACGGCCGACUCCGGCAACUAGGUCAGCGGUGGCUGAGAGUGGAGCGGCACUCCAAGGAGCAGAUCCUGGAGCUGUUGAUCCUGGAACAGUUUCUGGCAAUCUUGCCACCAGAGGUCCGGUUCUGGGUCAGCAAAAGCAUCCCAGAGACCUGCAUCCAAGCAGUGGCCCUGGCAGAGAACUUCCUCCAGAGGCAACGAGGGAUCAAAAAACAAGACAAACAGGUGGGAUUGGAAAAGGAAACUGAAAACUUCUCCCGGGAUAGCCAGGCUCCACUUGACAUCGAACAGAGGGCACAAUGCACUGAAACCAACGAAGAAGAGGAUGCCAAUGCGGGUGUGAUGGCAAUAAAGGGAUGGAUGUGCACAGACGAGGAGGAGGAAUGCGUCCCCAAAGAUUCAGAACCUGUGGAACUCCCUGCAAUGUCAACAUGGGAAAGAGGAACAGAGAAUAUUUUCCAGCGUUGUGAGCCAGCAAAUGCCUCUGGAAGCCAAGGAAGGGCAGAGGGUCAACAUGAAAUCCACCCAUUGGAAAAAGCAAAUGAAUCUGUUCUUCCUGGAGGGAAUGGCGAAGAUCCCCGUAAAACCACUGAUCAAAUGGGGAUCAACACUGCUGAUGAUGGAUGGGAAAGUGAGAACGAGGAGAAGCCUGCUGGAACGUUGUUGGACAGAAUCAAGUCCGAGGAGAUGAAAGAGAACCUUUGGACUCAAGAUGGACCAAAGAGGCAAGCGGGAAGCCACAUAGAGAACUGGGGUGAUAAAUAUGUUCCUUAUCAGAGCGAGGAUUUCAAUGAAACACCAAUACGGUCCAAAAGAGAAACAGAAAAGAGGUGGGACAAGUGUCUCGGCGUUCACCAGAGGAUCCAUGCGGAGAAGGAGCCGAACGACAACUUCAGAUCUGAGAAGAACUUCAGUUGGAGCCCAUCCUUUGCUGGUUGUCAAGCUGCCCUCAAAGACAAGAAAGCCUAUAAAUGCUUGGAGUGUGAAAAGGGCUUCCAUCAUGGCUCAAGCCCUCAUUCACAUCGGAGGAGCCAAACAGGGGAGAAACCCUAUAGAUGCUCGGAGUGUGGGAAGAGCUUCAAUCAGAGCACAAGCCUUACUUCACACCAAAGGACACACGCCAGGGAAAGGCCAUACAGUUGCUUGGAUUGUAACAGCAGCUUCUGCGACCAGUCGAGCCUUGUUAAGCACAGGAGAAUUCACGCAGGGGAAAAACCAUACGGCUGCUUGAGUUGUGCCCUCAACUUUAGUACUCAGUCAAGCCUUGUGCGACAUGAGAGAAUCCAUACUGGAGAGAGACCCUAUAAAUGCCCCGAGUGCGGAAAGCACUUCAGCCAAAGCGCAGACCUUGCUUCACAUCAGAGAACCCAUGCAGGAGAGAAUCCCUAUAAAUGCUUAGAAUGUGGGAAGAGCUUCAGCCAGAGCACAAGCCUUGCGUUACAUCAGAGAAUACACACCAGUGACAACCCCUAUAGCUGCUUGGAUUGUGACAAGAGCUUUAGCGAUCAGUCGAGUCUCAUUAAGCACAGGAGGAUUCACACAGGAGAGAAACCCUUUAAAUGCUUAGAGUGCGAGAAGAGUUUCAGUCAAAGCACAAGCUUUAGUUUACACCAAAGGAUACACGCAGGCAAGAGACCAUACAACUGUUCGGACUGCAGCAAAAACGUUUGUGAUCCAUCAAGCCUUAUUAAGCAUAAGAGGAUUUACACAGGAGAGACCCCAUAUACGUGCGUCCGGUGCGGGAGGUGUUUCAACCAGAGUACGAACCUUAGUUCGCAUCAGAGAAUCCACGUGGAAGAAGAAACUCCGCUAUGAAGCUCCCAAUUGGUUUAAUCCUUUUUUAAAAAUAUCUUUAUUCAAAUUUAUAUACACUACAUUAAAACAGAUUUGCAUUCAAAGGAAACAGGAACAUAUCUAUACUUCAAGCGAUCUUACAUAAAACUACCAACCCUACAUUCCCAUUCCUUCAACCUUACAUUCAAACUCUCAAUCUUUUUAUCCUUUUCUCUAUUGCAUUCCCAUUCUCUCUAUAUACUUUUUAUCCCUACUCCUCCUUCCUUAUCUCUUCCACCUUUAAUCUUCUUCCUUUCCUUAUUUUCUCCUCUCCUUCUCUUUCCCUCAUAUCUCUAUCUACCCUUCCCCUUCCUUCUUUCUUUUCCCCUUCACUUCCUCAUACAUUCUUCACAUACUCAUACCUUCUCCCACCUACAUCUUCUGUCUUCGUCUACUCUCUUCUAUACCUAAUCCCUAUCCAUUUCUUACCGUUUCUUACAUACCACCUUCCUUCCUUGCCUUUUCUAAAAAUCUCUUUUCUAUUUCUUGACUUGCUAUCUACUUUAGUUCUAUCUUACCCAACUUGCCUUCUAACCUAUUCUUCAACUGGUUUAAUUCAAAAGAAUUCAAAACCUUUGCUUUGAGGGAUCAGACUUUUAAGGCUUAGGAAAGAGAGGCAUAAAGCAAGGACUUUUCAGUAGUAUCCCCUUUCUGUAAUGCUCCUUCUCUAAAACUAAGCGGUUCAUCAAUUAUUCCAGUGGUACUCAAACUUUUUACCCUUGAGACCCCCUUUACGCUACAUGUGGACGUCGUGCCCCCUCCACUCGAUGUAGUAUAUGAAUAAAAAUAUUUUAUUUAGUGUGUAUAUUUUCACUCACAUAUUCAUAUAUAUUCAUAUUUU